GUAGGCACGUGGGCGGGUCCCAGUCGACUCGUAUCCUGCAGCAGUAUAUGGUAUGUAAUUAACAAAUAAUUAAGUAUAUAAAUUAAAUUAAUAUAUUGACUAAUAUAACUUAUUUAUCUUAUAUAAAUGCAUCUACAGAGCUUGGAUCCUGGUACUCCCCAGGAUGCACCGAACUAUGUCACCUCCCUCCGCCUCCACACGUACGCCGACGGAAGUUAUACGUCGGAGAGAGAUGCUAGAAUUGACGCCGAGGUUCAUCGACUGGCCGCUGCCACAGGACGACAGGAGCGGCUAGACGAGGUGUAUUUGGAGGUGGUGCAAAUUGAUAGGUCACGGAUCUACGGCGUCGGGAGUGCCGGGCAGAGUCAGGCUAGUAGGGGGUCUAUCCGCAGCACGGGCAGUUCUGCGGUGUCUCAGCAGCUUUAUGAGACACGGAUCUCCACGCUGGAGGAGCGAUUGGCGGCAGAGCAAGCACAACGCCAACAGAUGGAGGACCGCAUGGCGGCAGAGCAAGCACAACGCCAACAGAUGGAGGAGCGCAUGGCGGCAGAGCAAGCAGCACGCCAACAGAUGCAGGACCGCAUGGCUCAAUUGGAGGCGUUUAUGAGGAUGUAUAAUGCUCAGCCACCUCCAGGGCCUGAUGCCGAUGAUGAUGAUGAUGAUGCUUAGAAUUAUUAAAACUAUAUAUUUAUGUUUUCAAACAAAAUUACAUUUGCACUUUCUUUUCAAAUUUAUGUUUUAUUGAACUAUAUAUUUCAAGUGCUUUAAUUAUUAAAACUA